GACUUCAUAGGAGACCUUCGAUGCGAUGCCGACGCGGUGAAAACGCAUUGGAGUGCUUCUCAGGAGGGCUCACGAGCACAACACCUGUCUAUGUCCUCGCAGUAUUCCUCGACGUCUGGACCUACUGCGGAACUGAGUGGAGGUUUGCGCUACUUUAGCGGUGCGAAUGAAGAUGGAAAAGACUACAAACGAUGGCCAACGGAAGCUUUUGUCUUCACCUUGUUGACUAGCAAGGCACUGGAGGCGGUGGAACAUCUAGAUCUUUCAGUGUAUCAGUGUGCUGAUGGAGAGCGAGCAAUCUUCAAGAUUCUGGACAAACGCUUUCCUGAAAAGGAUUCCAGCGAUGAGUUAGCAGAGGUGUUGAACGACAUUUUCAGCAUGAGAGUGAAAGAUUGUGAAAGCUUGGGACAGUGUGCGGAGGCCUGGGUGACGCAGGCGGACGCGUUGAAUGCACUCGUGGCAGAGAAUGUGCCGCGGUGUCGUGUGAAGUAA